AUGGUUUACAAAGGAUUAUUAAAUAUAAAUAUUCGUACUUUGUCACCGUUGCCGGGUUUGGGAAGAGUUCAAGCGGGAGUUUUUCGUUGUCAAAAGAAUGCAGAGAAAGUCGAGGAAAAGUCGAGAAAUGGUAUCCCGUAUGAAAAUUUAAUCGUUGGAGUACCCAAAGAAAUUUGGAAAAAUGAAAAAAGAGUUGCUAUAACUCCUUCAGCCGUUUCCGUACUUGUAAAAAAAGGACUCAAAGUACAAGUCGAAGAAAAUGCAGGUUUAGAAGCACAAUUUAGAAAUGAAGAAUAUGAAAAAGCUGGUGCGGUGGUCACCGGAAAAGAUGGCGUUUUUAAAUCCGAUGUGAUUUUAAAACUGAGACAACCCUUGGAUUCGGAAGUGGAUAGUUUAAAAAAUGGAACAACCCUUAUAUCAUUUUUAUAUCCGUCACAAAAUAAAGAUCUUUUGGAUAAAUUAUCCGCGAAAGAAUUAAACGUUUUCGGUAUGGAUUGCAUACCUAGAAUAUCAAGAGCACAAGUUUUCGACGCAUUAAGUUCAAUGGCGAACGUUGCGGGUUACAGAGCCGUAGUUGAAGCUUCUCAUCAUUUCGGACGUUUUUUCUCUGGACAAAUAACAGCCGCGGGAAAAGUACCGCCGGCAAAAGUACUCGUGAUAGGUGGCGGAGUCGCGGGUUUGGCUGCGAUAGGACAAGCUAAAAAUAUGGGAGCCAUUGUAAGAGCUUUCGAUACGAGAUCGGUCGUGAAAGAACAAGUUGAAAGUUUAGGAGCCGAGUUUUUAGAAAUCAAUAUUAAGGAAGAAGGUGGGACAGCUGGAGGAUACAGUAAAGAAAUGUCGAAAGAAUUCAUAGAUGCUGAAAUGGCUUUGUUUGCUAAACAAGCGAAAGAAGUUGAUGUCAUCAUCACGACGGCUUUGAUACCUGGAAAAAAAGCACCCAAACUUAUUUUAAAAGAACACAUCGAAUCAAUGAAACCUGGAAGUGUUGUCGUGGAUUUAGCCGCAGAAGCGGGAGGAAAUAUCGAAACAACAAAACCUGGUGAAGUUUAUAAUCAUAAUGGCGUCAUACACGUGGGUCUCACAGAUUUGCCAAGUCGUCUUCCGACUCAAAGUUCUACUUUAUACGCCAAUAAUAUAUCUAAAUUUUUCUUAUCCAUGGGUGAAAAAAAUUGUUUUGAUAUAAAUUUGAAUGAUGAAGUUAUCAGGGGUAGUAUCGUCCUUCAUAAGGGAAAAUUAAUGUGGCCGCCACCGGCACCCCCGGCGGCUGCUCCUGUUGCGACACCUCCUAAAGUUGCAGAAGAAAAAAAAGAGUCACUUCCGGUUCCGAAUUAUUUUUUUAACACACUGAAAGAAGCAUCGUUUUUAACAGGAGGCUUAGGAAGUCUUUUGGCUCUUGGAGCGGCUUCUCCCAAUCCCGCAUUCACGACAAUGAUGACGACUUUCGGUUUGAGUACGAUAGCAGGGUAUUAUACCGUGUGGGGUGUGACACCGGCUUUACAUUCACCUCUCAUGUCGGUAACGAAUGCCAUAUCGGGUAUCACGGCCGUCGGCGGUUUAUUAUUAAUGAGAGGAAAUACUUAUUAUCCCUCAAACACCGUCGAAGCUUUGGCUGCAGUUGCAGCAUUUGUUUCUUUCAUCAACGUCUUUGGAGGUUUUGUUGUUACAAAAAGAAUGUUGGACAUGUUUCGUAGGCCGGGUGAUCCUCCAGAAUAUAAUUAUUUGUACGGUUUACCGGCAGCAGCAUUUUUAGGCGGUUACGGGUAUUUAGCAUUGAAUAAUUUUAACGAAAUACAUCAAAUGGCUUAUUUAGCAUCAUCCCUGUGUUGCGUCGGAGCUUUAGCCGGACUAAGUUCUCAAGCGACUUCAAGAUUAGGAAACAAUUUAGGAAUGAUCGGAGUUGCUUCGGGUUUAGCAACGACAAUCGGUGCCAUGGCUCCAAGUCAAGAAAUUUUAGCACAAAUGGUAGCAUGCGCUGGAAUCGGAGGUGCCAUAGGUACAACUAUUGCGAAAAAAAUUCAAAUCACGGAUUUGCCUCAAUUAGUCGCGGGUUUUCACAGUUUGGUCGGAUUAGCAGCCGUAUUAACGUGUUUUGCGACGUACAUUCACGAUUAUCCUCAUUUUGCAACGGAUCCAGCUGCUAACGUCAUAAAAACUUCUUUAUUUUUGGGAACGUAUAUCGGUGGCGUCACUUUUAGCGGGUCGUUAGUAGCCUAUGGAAAACUUCAAGGACUUUUAAGUUCGAGUCCUCUCUUAUUGCCAGGACGUCACGUUUUAAAUGCCGGCUUAUUGGCUGCAAACGUCGGAGCCAUGGCUUGGUUUUUUACAGAUCCGUCCAUGACUACGGGAUUAACGGCUUUGGGAAUCACUGCUGGAUUAUCGUCGACAAUGGGAGUUACACUGACCGCAGCCAUCGGUGGAGCCGACAUGCCGGUUGUUAUAACGGUUUUAAAUAGUUAUUCAGGAUGGGCUCUUUGUGCCGAAGGAUUUAUGCUCAAUAAUAAUUUAAUUACAAUCGUGGGAUCAUUAAUCGGAUCAUCUGGAGCUAUUUUAUCCUACAUUAUGUUGUUUUCCUUUUUUCUCCAGGCCAUGAAUAGAUCAUUGUUCAAUGUCAUUUUGGGAGGAUUUGGUACAUCUUCGACGAAAGGUGGCAAACCGAUGGAAGUAACGGGAACUCAUACGGAAGUAAACGUCGACAACGUUGUUGAAAUGAUCGGUAACGCUAAAAAUAUCAUCAUCACUCCGGGAUAUGGUUUGUGCGUUGCAAAAGCUCAAUAUCCGCUAGCUGAAAUGGUUGCCAUGUUAAAAAAAUUGGGUAAAAAAGUUAGAUUUGCCAUUCAUCCAGUCGCAGGAAGAAUGCCAGGACAGUUGAACGUUUUACUAGCGGAAGCCGGAGUUCCUUACGACGACGUAUUAGAAAUGGACGAAAUAAACGAAGAUUUUCCCGAUACCGAUUUAGUACUCGUCAUAGGUGCCAACGACACGGUCAACAGCGCUGCAGAAGAUGAUCCCAAUUCGAUAAUUGCCGGAAUGCCCGUAUUGAGAGUUUGGAAAGCGUCUCAAGUCGUAGUAAUGAAAAGAUCGUUGGGAGUCGGUUAUGCUGCCGUUGAUAAUCCCGUUUUUUACAAACCGAACACGGCCAUGUUACUCGGAGAUGCUAAAAAAACAUGCGAUGCACUUCUCAGCAAAUGUAAAACUUCCCUGCAAUGA